AACAAAGAGGGAUCAAGGGUUCUCAACUUCCCAAAGGGAGAUCCGAGAAUGGCGAAGCCGCUAGGGCCGACUGGGGAGUUCUUCCGGCGGAGGGACGAGUGGCGGAAGCAUCCGAUGCUGACGAACAACUUGCGGAACGCCUUUCCGGGCCUUGGCAUCGCCCUCGUUGCCUUCGGCAUCUAUCUAGCCGGCGAGGCCGCCUACAACCACUUCCGCCGCCCUGAUCCGCACCACUGAUGGAUGAUGCUCCAUGGCUUGUCUCUUGAGGUUUACUAGAGUGAAGAAAUAAACUGUAGGGCGUUGGACCAACUCACUUAAAUGUACAAGUUAAAUCGUCCUGUACUGUCCACAUUUGGCAUGAACUUUAUUCCUUAAUGUUUGGGUGUGAAUCUGCAACAUAACGUGUCAACUCUACUGUUUGUGGUGCAGAAUGAUUUAUGAUGGUUUUGCGUGUUUUGGAAACCUGCAGUAAAUUUCUUUUAAUGAUUCUGCAA